AUGGCUAAUAUCUUAAACAUUGGAGGCGAACCGAUCUUUGACGACAGCAUCGCCAAAAUUGAGACUCGCACAUACAACCCAUACGCCAACACAACGUUUGAGCACAACGAUGAGAUACGAACACAUACAACAACUAUACAACAGCAGGAUUUAUACACGUUACCAUGCGAGAGCUUUCUAUACGUUGAAGGAAGAUUCAGAGUAAAGAAACCAAAGGAAGGGCUAAACGUUAGAAUAACAAGCACCAUCAAAAAUUUUGUGUCCCUAACAUUUGACAAAUCGCUAAUUUUACAGAAUGCUGGAUGGAUCACACAGUCAAACAUACCGAUAGGUUACUUUAACUUUUGUGUACCGCUCAACAUGCUGUUGGGUUUUUGCGAAGAUUACAGGCGUAUAGUAAUCAACGCUCGUCACGAACUCAUUCUUAUACGCGCGCGCAGUGAUAAUAAUUGCAUCGUUGGAGAUUCCACGCUGGAACCGGUGGUCGAAUUAUUAAAGAUACAGUGGCGAAUGCCUCACGUCGUACUGAAUGAUACGAAUAAACUAUCGUUGUUGCGAAUUUUGGAAAGCGGGCAAUACCUAAGCAUGAGUUUUCGUUCGUGGGACCUGUACGAAUACCCUUUGUUGCAAAGUACGACAAAACAUUCGUGGGCCGUUAAAACUGCGAUUCAGCUGGAGAAACCGCGAUACGUCAUUUUUGCACUGCAGACUGGUCGAAAGAAUAUCAUGUCUGAAGAUGCGAGCAACUUCGAUGCAUGUAAAUUGACCAACGUGCAACUUUAUCUGAACUCUGACUUUUAUCCAUACGAUGACUUGAAUCUUGAUUUUGAUAGAAACAGAUAUGCUAUUCUUUUUUAUAUGUAUGCACGUUUUCGUAAAGCUUAUUACGGAUACGACUGUUACGAAACGCUUUGCAACAUGGACAACUUUUUGUUGCAUGGGCCGUUUGUAGUCAUGGAUUGCUCGCGAUAG